AUGGCUACCGUUUGCGUCGAGAUCAUCCACAGCGGGAUCUUGCUAUUCAGUAUCCGUCGUUGUCUUUACACUACCACUCCUGUACUUCCUGGAGAGAUUGAAAUAAUGACUUUGCUGUCCCUAAACGUGUUUCAUCAUGUGAACGCGCUAAAUCAAAUUUCCAGCAAGUUUGAGAACCAAAUUCAGGCACUUUUGCGCUACUACAUUUAUACUGAGCAGCUGGAGCGCGAGGCAUCGGUGAUCAUUGAUGGUGCAACGUUAAAACCCAGUUGGCCGCAUAAUGGGGUAAUUGAGUUCUGCGAUUACAGCAUGCGCUACCGCCCAGAGUUGGAUCUGGUUCUCAAAGGGCUCAGCUUUUCAGCACGAGGCGGUGAGAAGCUUGGCAUUGUUGGGCGCACGGGUGCAGGCAAGAGCUCAAUCGCAUACGCGCUGAUGCGCUUGGUCGAGCCAGCCAACGGCCAGAUCAGCAUCGACGGCGUUGGCAUUUCGACCAUCGGCUAUCGUGACCUGCGAUCACGCAUUGUCAUCAUUCCGCAGGGUCUGGCACUGUUCAAGGGUACUAUACGCGACAAUUUUGAUCCGGCCAACGAGUACACUGACGACAAAGUCUGGGCGGCUAUUGGUGCGGGCCAAAUCGACGAUACUCUUAAUACUCAAACAGAGAAGUACGUCAAGCCUCUGGAUAACAAAAAUUCUGACAAGAGACCAUGGAUCGAGGGCAUUGUGAUGGACAGCGAUUGCAUUCUAGUAAUGGUCCAUGGCCAGAAUACAGAGUUUGACACGCCCGAGAAGCUGCUCGCUGACAAGAACGGCCACUUCUCACAAUUAGUCGAGAGCAUGAAGUACAACCAGGGCAGUUAG